AUACAAUUUAAAAGUUGGGUAGAAAAUUGUUUACAUUUCAGACGCACUGCCACUAGAAUUGUUGAACAUAUUGCGAUACAGAUUAAAAAAACUGUUUUUAAAAGCAUUAUCAAUCAAAAUUCAAAAAUUUGUAUCAUAACUGACGAAGCUUCUACACUUGCUAAAAAAAGUACUUUGGUAAUAUAUUUACAGUGUGAAGUACAGUCUGCAAUUGAACCUCUCAUGAUUUUCGUAGAUUUAAAAGAAAUGACGUCAACAACUGCCGAAAAUAUUUUUAUGACCUUAAUAGACUGUCUUACUUACUAUAUAUUUGAUAAAAAUUAUUUACAAAAAAAUCUCAUAGAAUUCUGUUCAGAUGGUGCAUCGACAAUGUUAGGAAGAAAAUCUGGAGUAGCCACAAAAUUAACUGACAUGUUUCCAAAUAUAAUCGUGUGGCAUUGUUUGAAUCACCGAUUUCAAUUAGCACUAGAUGAUUCCAUAAGCGACAUUAAACAAGUAAAUCAUUUUAAAAUAUUUUUAGACAAAAUAAAUGCGAUAUAUCAUCAGUCAAAUAAAAACCAAGCCGAAAUGGAAACUAUUUCUAGUACUUUGAACCUAGAAAUAAUAAAAAUUGGUCGCGUUUUUGGACCUUGUUGGGCAUCCUGUAGCUUACGAGCAGCUAUUGCUGUGUGGAGAACAAACCCAGCGUUGUAUAAAGAUUUUAUCCAGUCCAAAUCAAAUUCAGGAAUGGCCAAAAGAUUAGCUAAUACACAUUUUAUUGAAGAUUAAGCUUUAAUGAUAGAUACCUUAGAAGAAUUUUUAAUACUAUCCAAUGCACUACAAUCAAGAAAAAUUACCAUAUCUAAAGCUGAUCAAUUAAUUAAGCGUUCAAUAAGAGCUAUAGAACUACACAAGAAUGAUAAUUUCUAUGAAAAAAAAGUUCAAAAUUUAAUUUCAUCAAAUGAGUUCAAAUGCAUAUCAUUUGAUUACAAUAAUAAAUUUGUGUCUCUUCCCAGAGAGCAAUUAUUAGAUAGUGUGGCAAAGAAUAUGAAAGCAAGACUUUUAUCGGCUAGUCAUAUAAAUAUGGGUGAGGAUAAGAAUGAGAACAAUGACACUGAUAACUAUGAAAAAUUUUGUGCAGCUCUUUGAGAUUUUAUAUCCUUCUACCUGGUCAUUAGAUAUGAUAACUACCUGGUCAUUAGAUAUGAUAACUACCUGGUCAUUAGAUAUGAUAACUACCUGGUCAUUAGAUAUGAUAACUACCUUGUCAUUAGAUAUGAUAACUACCUGGUCAUUAGAUAUGAUAACUACCUGGUCAUUAGAUAUGAUAACUACCUGGUCAUUAGAUAUGAUAACUACCUGGUCAUUAGAUAUGAUAACUACCUGGUCAUUAGAUAUGAUAACUACCUGGUCAUUAGAUAUGAUAACUACCUGGUCAUUAGAUAUGAUAACUACCUGGUCAUUAGAUAAUGACCAUGGCUAGAAGGUGAAGACAUGGUUAGAAAAUUAUGUGAAGUUUUAAAGUUUAAAGUAGAUGUUAAUGAUUUUCGUGUCUUUGUAAAAAAUGUUCAGUUACCUAAUUCAAUUUUAAGGGCAAAAAAAAUAGCAAGCACAAUUGCUAUUAGCAGUUCAGAAGCUGAGAGAGGUUUUAGCUUUAUGAAUUUAAUUACAUCAAAAUUAAGAACUAGCCUUACUGGG